AUGUCUUUAAUGGUUUUUGCCCUGGCGUCCUUGCUGGCAGUCGCAAGUGCAAAGCCAGACCUUUCUCAGAGCUAUCAGGCUCCAGGAUCUUCCUUCGGUGGGUCUGCAGGAGCCGCCACUUUCCUCCGACCUGCUGCAAGGCCUGCCAUCAACUUCGGAGGGGCUUCUCCAGCUGGAACUUUAGCUGUAAGUCGUCCCCAGUAUAACUUUAAUUAUGCCGUCAACGAUGCUUUUGGUAACGAUUUCGGACACCAAGAGGGGCGCGAUGGAUACAACACUCAGGGAUUCUACUACGUGCAGCUUCCAGACGGUCGUCUGCAGAGGGUCACUUACACUGUCAACGGCGACCAAGGAUACGUGGCUCAGGUGACGUACGAGGGAGUGGCUCAGUACCCUGCCUCCCAGCCGUCUGCCUCUUACUCGCCCGCACCCUCUUAUGGUUAA